GAAAAAUGCAUUGGUCAUUUCAUGUGAAAGCAGAUCCCCUCAAAAUUUUUACAGUUUUCUAUCAUCACGGUUUCAAGGAAAAACACUGCUCAACAUGGAUUCCAUGGAACUUGAUGACUGCGCCUAUUCAAAUAAGAACUUUACGAUGCAAGGGCUCGUCACCAAAGUGAAUUUUCAACAAAGAAACAAGUCAUCCAGAUGUGUCACUGUGUGUCUUGGUUUACUGUGCGCUGUCUCACUGGCCGGUAACAUUGGACAAUUCAUCUACUACGAGCUAAUGCCUGGUUUUUCAAUGCGGGACCGGGCUAAUUCUGAUCAUCUGACUCAAGACCUCCAUCUCAACAGCGACAUGUUUCCCACAGAUAGAGACCACGUGGAGAGAAACCAGCUGGAGGUCAUGUUGAAUAAUCUGACAAGUAACAAAGACCUGUUACAGGCCAGUUACGAAUCCCUUGUUGAAGAGAAACAACAGUUGGAGAAAAAAUACAAUUCACUGGUGAAAGAGAGAGAUAGACUACUCGGCAGCGAAACAGUUUGGACUGCCGAAAGAGACGAGUUGAGGACCAACUUCCAGAGUGUGAAGCAGCAACAUGAUCAGUUGCAGACUAAUUACAGUCUCCUAAAUACAGAGAACGAUGUGCUACAAACCUUAAAUAGUGCACUGGGGACAGACAAAGACCAGUUACAGGCCAGUUACGAGUCCCUUGUUAAAGAGAAAGACCAGUUACAGACUCGUUACGAUUCUCUUGUUGAAGAGCAAGCACACCUUCAAACCAGUAAAACUACUGUGGCUGCUGAACGGGAUGAGCUAAAGUCCAGCCUAAACAGUCUUAAAAAUGAGAAAGACCAGUUACAACACAGUUACUCUUCAUUAAGAAGCGAGAAGGACCCGUUACAGGCCAGUUACGAGUCCCUUGUCAAAGACAAACACCAGUUACAGACAAGCUAUGAUUCCCUCAUGAAAGAAAAAGAACACAUUCAAAAUAAUCAAACCACUGUGGCUGCUGAGUUCAAGUCCUGCUUCAACAGUCUGAAAAAUGAGAAAGACCACUUCCAAUGCAAUUACUCUUCACUGAGAAGCGAGCAAGACCAGUUACAGGCCCAUUAUGAGUCCCUCGUCAAAGAGAAAGAUGUAUUACAGACCAGCUACGAUUCCCUCAUGAGAGAAAAAGAGCUUCUGCUAACGAGUAAAACCAAUGUAGCUGCCGAAAGAGAUCAGUUCAAGUCCCGCUUCAACAAUCUGAAAAAUGAGAAAGACCAGUUGCAACGAGAUUACGCUUCACUGAGGAAUGACAAAGACCUGUUACAGGUCAGUUACGGCUCCCUGGUUAAAGAGAAAGAACACCUUCAAACCAGUAAAACCACCUUGUCUGCUGAAAGAGAUCAGUUUGGGUCCCGCUUUAACAGUCUGAAAAAUGAGAAUGACCAGUUACAACGUGAUUACUCUUCACUGAGAAGCAAGAAAGAUCAGUUACAGACCAGCUACGAUUGUCUCUCUAAAGAAAAACAGCUUCUCCUUGCGACUAAAACCACUUUGUCAACUGAAAAAGACGAGUUCCUGUCCCGCCUUAACAAUCUGGAAAAUGAGAAAGACCAGUUGCAACACAGUUACUCUUCAUUGAGAAGCGAGAAGGACCAGUUACAGGCCCGUUACAAUUCCCUCGAUCAGGAGAAAAAACUUCUCCUUGCAAGUGAAACCACUUUGUCAACUGAAAGAGAUCAGUUGAGGUCCCGCUUUAACGGUCUGAAAAAUGAGCAAGAUCAGCUACAACGCAGUUAUUCUUCGCUGAGAAGCGAAAAAGACCAGUUACAGACCCGUCACGCAUCACUCGUUCAAGAGAAAGCGGUACUUCUAACCAAUAACACCAAUCUGGCUGCUGAGAGACAUGUGUUCAAGUCCCUCUACAAUGAUAUUAAAAAUGACAGAGCGCAUUUACAGAACAAUUACACUUUGCUGGAGGCUGACAGAGACCGGCUGGAAAGAAAUAACACAGCAUUGAGCAUCAGUGAAAGUAUGUGUCAGACCAGGUACUGGCUCCUGCAAAGACAAAAGGAGCGCAUUCACAAUGACUGCGACACUCUGCGGGUUGAAUAUGAGCAGCUUCGCGGAAACCAAAGCAGCCUUGAGACACAAAGGUACCAGUUGCAGAAGAACGUGGACAAGAUGACCGGCAAGCUGAGCUACAUGCUCUGUGGGGUCGGCUGGAGAAAGUUUGACGGCAACUGCUACUUUGUGUCAAGCUUGAGUAAGAACUGGGCGGAAAGCAGACAAGACUGCAUCAGCAAGGGAGGCGAUCUGGUUACUAUAAACAGCAAGGAGGAACAGGUAUUCGUUAAUGGUUUAUUGAGGCAAGGCCAGCAGGCGUGGAUUGGUCUGAGCGACCAAAUCGAGGAAGGAACGUGGGUUUGGGUGGAUGGGACCCCUCUCACCACAGAGUUCUGGAAGAAGGGUCAGCCCAACAACAACCGGAACCAGGACUGCGGUGAAAACCAGAGCAAAUCCUUUUUCAAGUUCGGAGGCUGGAAUGACGAUAGGUGUUCCCUUAAACAACGAUGGAUUUGUGAGAUUUGAAGACAAUAUGUAGCUUAAGACCUAACCCAUUACACUUAAUGGAUACCUGCCGAUACAGUACAUCUAUUUGUGUUGAAUUACUUUCAGAAAUAAUGCAAAAUGAUUAAACCUUAGGAUUUUUUUUUUAGUCCUAUUUUUAUGUGAAAAUGAAAACAUGAUUUAUUUGGGUAAAUCACCCUCAUACAGGCUUUGUAUACAAACUACACUGUUCACC